AUGAACCUGGACACCGAUCGAAUAGAUAAACAAUACACAAAACUACAGAAUCAAAUCGACAAGCUAUCAAACAGUCAAAACAAUGUUAUAAAUAAAUUCGAUUUACUAACAAAGAACGUUGAUGAUAUGAAAAAGAUUUUAAAUCAAUUCGCCGAGAAGAUAACACUUCUAGAAGAUGCAACAACUGAGAGAAGGAAGUUGAGCAAUGAGAUGAAAAUUCUGAAGAGCAGAGUUGAUGAAUUAUACACAAUCGUUAAAGACGGGAAAGAGUCAUCUGUUAAAAGCGACGAUGUCCAAGAUGUAGACUCUUGUCAUUCUGGUUUUUCUUGUUCUUCUAAGGUCACCAUGACGACGGGUCUGGACCGAGAUACGAUACGCGCGGCGUACGAAGACGUGAGGUCAGACAACUCACCCACAGAAUGGGCGGUGUUCAAGUUCGAAGGCGCGCGGAUCAUAUGCUCGGCUCGCGGCAGCGACUUUUCAGAGUUCCGCACGCAAUUCUCCGACGACGACCGUGCUUUUGGUUACCUCAGGAUGCAAAUGGGCGAUGAGAUGUCUAAGCGCAAGAAGUUCAUGUUUGUGACGUGGGUGGGGCCCAACGUGUCCGUCAUCAACCGAGCCAAGAUGUCCACGGACAAGGCGAUCAUUAAGGAUAUAAUUUCUAAUUUCGCAGUCGAACUUCAAUUGGAGAAUCAAGCUGAAAUAGACAUCGACCAAUUCAAAGAAGCUCUAAAUAGGGCGGGCGGUGCCAACUACGGUACUGGUGUUAGGGAUUUAUGAAUUAAAAAUUAAAUGUUUAAUUACCUUACCACAAA